AUGGCUGGUGAGGAAGAAAGUCCUGACAGCGAAAGCUCUUUCAGUAGAGGCAAUAAGACGAUGAGCGAUGGUGGCAAUGGAGAAAACCUUCCCCCCAUCUAUCAAUUGCCCUUGUCCGAAAGUCCCGUAAAAAUGUUGGUUGGUGAUGUACUCACCGCAACGAACUACUGCGAAUGGGUGUUAGACAUGAAGGACACCCUGCUUGCCAAAAACAAGUUUAGUUUUGUCGAUGGCACUACACCCAAACGUGAUGCUAGAGCGCAAAGCAAUGCCUGGAUCCGGUGCGAUGCUAUGGUCAAAGGUUGGAUGAAGACAGCCAUGGACAAAGAAAUCAGAAGCAACGGGCAAUUUACUGAAACCUCGCGCGAAAUUUGGCUUGAUCUCAAGGGUCGAUUCGACAAAGGCAACGCCUCCUGCGCCUAUGAAUUAUGA